UUAAGCAUGAAGGGCGUCAAUGCAAGUUAUUAACAAAGUCAAAUAGUAGUGACAAAAAUAUACUAUCAAGGAACUUCAAUAUGAAGUUGUAACAAGAGACAAGUUAGUUCAGUUUGUCGAAGGCAUUUAAUGAAGAGGGGCUACUCUGAAUAGUAUCACCAUAACUGCUUCACUAUAAAAACCGAUUAGAGUGUCCAAAUAUUUCAUCCAUUGAAACUUAUUUCGAUAAAAAUGACAAUGAUGGGGUUGUUACACUCUGUUGCUUUGUCUACACAGUUUCUUCUCCUCUUCUCAUCCUCCCUGUUUACAAACUGUUUAACUUUGAAUGAUUCAACUAGUACUCAUCAUCAUGGGUGCCAUCCACAUGAAAACAAUGCCUUGCUGAGCUUUAAACAAAGCUUCAUCAUAAGUAAGUCUGCAUCUUACAAUACUUUCAGUUAUCCUAAAACUGUUUCCUGGAUUUCAACCACAGAUUGCUGCUCCUGGGAUGGCAUUGAAUGCGAUGAGCUCACAGGUCAUGUCAUUUCCAUUGAUCUUAGUAGCAGCUUGCUGUAUGGUUCCAUGGAUGCCAAUAGCACCCUUUUCUCACUUGUGCAUCUUCAAUGCCUUGAUCUUUCGGACAAUGACUUCAAUCACUCGCAAAUUCCAGCCAGGAUAGGUCACUUGUCACAACUGAGGCAUUUGAAUCUUUCUCAAGUGGGUGAAACCACAUUGUCAGGUGAAGUCCCAACUCAAAUUUCCCAUUUGUCCAACUUGUUGUCCCUUGAUCUUCGCAGCUAUAUUGAACAACUUGAUUUUCCAUUAAUCAACCGUUUACAGCUCAAGGAAUCCACUCUGCGAAGCUUAAUUCAUAACUCAACAAGACUUGAACAUCUUCGCCUUAAUUUUGUCACCAUUUCAUCAUCUUUACCUCACACGCUCACAAACCUUACAUCUCUGCAAAAGCUCUCUUUUUGCCAAUGUGAACUUCAUGGUGAGUUUCCUAUUGGAAUAUUCUCUCUUGCAAACUUAACAUCUUUGAAUUUUGCACGAAACCAAUAUUUGCAGGGCACAUUACCUGCAUCCAUUGGAAACCUGACCAAUUUAGCUUACUUGGCUCUUGGAUAUAAUAGCUUUCAUGGUGAAAUCCCGCAGUCUCUUUUUAGACUUGAAAAUCUUGAAUUUUUGUCUCUGUCGUAUAAUUUCUUUGAAGGACAACUAGCACUUGACAUGUUUUUGAAGCUAAAGAUGCUUAAUGUUCUUGGCUUGUCUCUCAACAAAUUGUCUUUGUUCUCACAAAAUAGGACUGUCAAUGUGACAAUCCUUCCUCCAAUUCAGCUGUUAGAAUUGAGUAGGUGCAAUUUAAAUGGAGAAAUUCCAACUUGGAUAAUGAACUUAACCACUUUAAAUCUCUUGAAUCUUCAUCACAAUAAUCUUCAAGGUGAAAUUCCAUAUUUCUUCUUCAAGUUAGAAAAUCUUACACUUCUUAAUCUAGCUGGUAAUAUGUUGGAAGGACAGAUUGAGCUUGACAUGCUUUCAAAGCUCCAAAAGCUUACUUAUCUUGGUUUAGGCGGAGGCAACAAAUUCUAUUUUCUUGAAGGGAAGAACACUUCCAAUGUAACAUUUCCUUCUCAAAUUCAAUAUUUGGAUUUAUCGUCAAGCAACUUAGUUCAUUUUCCCAAUUUUAUACAACACUUGCAAGAGUUGACUGAUCUUUUCGUGUCACACAAUAGGAUAAAGACAAUACCGAGUUGGAUAUGGAAUAAAACAACUCUUCAGACUUUGGAUAUUUCCAACAACCUAUUGAUGGGAGAAAUAUCCCCCUUGAUAUGCAACCUGCAGUCACUUGGGGGGCUUGAUUUAUCAUCCAACAAUUUAGUUGGCAUGAUUCCAUCAUGUUUGGGAAGGUUUGGCCGAUUCCUUCGAAUUUUGAAUCUCGCGGGAAACAAAUUGACGGGCAAUAUUCCUCAAAUUUAUGUGAAAGAAAAUGUCCUUCGGUUUAUCGAUUUUAGUCCUAACAAGUUGUACGGUCAAUUACCAAGAGCACUUGUCAAUUGCAGAAUGCUAGAGUUUCUUGAUGUGAGCCAUAACCAUUUCAAUGACUCAUUUCCUUUUUGGUUAGGGUCUCUUCCUAAGUUAAAGGUUGUUUCUUUAUGUGAUAAUCAAUUUCACGGAGCUAUAAUGUGUCCAUUGAAAUACACAUUCCCCCAGCUUCGAAACAUUGAUCUUUCUCAAAAUGGUUUCGAAACCAAAUUGACAUCAGAAAUAAUCAUGUGCUUCAAAUCGAUGAUUGUAUCCAACAAAAGACAACUGGAUUUCAAGGACAUGAUUUAUACUGGCAAUACCUUUAUAGAUAUUAAUUUUUUUCCAUUUUCAAUGUCUAACAAAGGAGUUGUCAUGGAUUAUCUUGGGGGUCAAUACCUUCGUCACAUGGUAGCCAUUGAUCUUUCAUGUAACAAAAUCUAUGGUGAGAUUCCAGAUAUCAUGGGAAGUUUGAAUAGCCUUGUUGUGCUCAAUUUGUCCAAUAACAUGUUGACUGGCAGCAUCCCAUCUUCUUUGGGAAAGCUUUCAAAUCUUGAGGUGCUGGACCUUUCUCUCAAUAGUCUGUCAGGGAAUAUUCCUCAACAACUCACAGAGCUAACAUUCUUGAGUUUCUUCAAUGUGUCGUUCAACAAUCUCUCAGGUCCAAUCCCAGAAAAUGGCCAACUUUCCACAUUUGAUAACAAUUCAUUUGAGGGAAAUAAAGAUUUGUGUGGGAUUCAAUUGUUGAAGAAAUGUGAAAAUCAUCCUAAGCUUCCGUUGCAAAAAUCUGAUGGUGAUCAAGAUUCUGGGUCAGAAUCUUUCUUUGAAUUGUAUUGGAUGGUAAUUCUAAUUGGAUAUGGGGGUGGCCUUGUUGCUGGGUUAGCACUGGGAAAUGCUUUUUCUGUGGAUGUUUAUAGGUUGCUGAAAAAGAUCUUUUAAAUCACAAGUCUAGAUGUUGGUCUUUUCAUGUGUGUAAUCUUACAUUAUUUUUAUUUUUGUGUUGGCAUUUGAAGUUAUUGUGUUUCUCUUAUGUAAGAGUGUGUUAUGUAUAAAUCCAAAUAAAGUUUGUAAGGUAAAAAGAUAAAUAUAGUAUGUUAUAUAUCUAUUUUGCUUUUGCUAUUUUUGAAAUAAGAAAAACCAUACUUUGUGUUCUUUGCAUACAAUAAUCAAUUUCCCUUUG